AUGCGGAUAUACUCACUGACCACAUGGGUCAUAUUCGUCUUCCUGUCCAGCAUCGUCGCAAGCCAGGAACAGCCAACGUUUAUCUUCGAUGGCGGGUCGUUCCUUGGCCAGAAGUUCGCACCAGCUUACCAGCAGUCCUCGGUAUUUAACUACAGUCAAAUCGAGGGUGGGAAAGACUUCCGAUGGCAGCUGAAUGGAACGGAAGGUGAUGUGACGAAGGUCGUUGAGGUCGAUCUCAUGAACGGAAACAACGAAGUACUGGCCCAAUGGUGCUCAGAUACGACGACUUGUCCCUCAAGCCCUGGGUUUACCGCAACACCGAGCGACGACGAGCACGGGACUAUCAACUUGGGGCCUGAGAUGGCUCAAAAACUUCAAGGACACCUUGGUGAGAUGUUGUACUUUCGUCUCGACUGGCAACCCAGUGAUGGUAGAGGCAAGCAGUCAUCAUGGAGCCAGACAUGGGCCGUUGCGAGCGAUGAUACCGAGGCAGGCGUUGUGUUUUCAUCCUAUUCAUCAUUGAUGACAGCUGGGGGGUCGGUAUAUCACUCUCCAGGCCCAGCAUCCACAACUACGCCCGUAGCGACCAGUGCAACAUCAGCAUCGGCCGCGUCUGGUCUGGCCACGUCGGCAGCCGCAUCACAAAAGACAGGCAGAAAGCAGAACGGACUCACGACAGGAGCUAUUGUUGGAAUUGUCGUGGGGUGCGUUGGAGGUCUCAUCCUUGUUAGUGUCGUGGCAGGAUGCUUCUGCUUCCGACGGCGCCGAAACAUUGACGCCGACGGAGGCGGCAGCCGGGGCGUCCAGGACAUAAUCGCAGAGAAGGAGGCCCACGCCAGUAUCCUCGACAGGGACCAGCCGGACACGCCGUACUCCGAGCAAAACAGUCAAAACCCGCUGAACCGGGGAGUGGGCAUGCCCGGAAGGAACGAGAGCGGCAUUGACCUCAGUAUCGGGCAGGCCAUAUCAGGCGAGGGCUGCGGAAGCAUCCGAUCAGAGAGCGUCUACACCGGCAACGGCGGACACGAUCGCAACUCGGCCGUGUACUCCUCGCUGGGCGGGGCUGCCAACUCGGUCCACGGGACGCCUGUCAUCGGCUCCGCAGCUCUCGCCAGCGGCAACAGCAACUCACCAACGCAGAACCUGCCCUCAUCCGUGUCUAUCCAAGACCGUAGCUCUGCGAUGGGCUCACCCGUGCCGCGCUCCUCUUUGCAGCAGGACCGGUCGUUCUCGCCGUACACAGACCGGGCAGCGCAGCACGACUACAGCCAGCACCACCACGUCGUUGACGGCGCCGACCUGGUGCAACAGGAGCACUCCAAUGAUAGCACCGCGCGGAGCCCGUCGUCCCUGUACUCCAACCCUCUCGAAGAGCUGCAGCCCAUAUCGCCAGAAAGUGCCCGCGAGAACGACGGCGCCGCGGCUGCUGCUGCUGUUGCUGCUGGUGCAUCGCAGCCACGGGGCCACGCCCGGUCGACCACGCCGUCUGGGAUAUCCGGCCAAUAUGCUCACCUUGUCGAAGAGGGCAUGACAGAUGAUGAGAUCCGCAGGUUAGAAGAGGAGGAGAGGGUGCUGGACGAGGCCAUCGAGCAGGCAGGGACGGGUGGGAGGAAGAGAUGA